AUGGCUGAACAAGAAGAAUUCAAUCCACCAAUCAUUCCGGAUCUUUACAAGCCCCCUGCUCUCCUCCCGAUCGCCCAACUGAAAGAUCAACUCCUCUACACAAUCGAGACUCACCCUGUGACCAUCAUAGUCGGCGAAACCGGCAGCGGAAAGACUACCCAGAUACCUCAGUACCUUCUCAAUGCUGGAUGGUGCGCCUCUGGAUUUCAGAUUGCUGUAACACAGCCGCGCAGGAUAGCAGCUACCAGCGUAGCUGCGCGUGUCGCAGAAGAGCUAGAAACGCCAUUGGGUCAGAAGGUCGGGUACUCGAUACGCUUCGAGGAUGUCACGAGCGCAGCUACGCAGGUUAAAUUUGUGACUGAUGGGCUGUUAUUGCGGGAGAUGCUCGUCGAUCCAUUGUUGAAGCGGUAUUCAGUCAUCAUGGUUGAUGAGGCACAUGAGCGCAGCCUGAGUAGUGACGUGUUGCUGAGUCUGUUGAAGAAGGUUUUGAGGAAAAGAGAAGAUCUGAGAGUUGUGGUGAGUAGUGCUACCUUGGAGGCCGAGCGAUUUCUGGACUUCUUCAAUCCGGAUGAAGGCGAAAAGGUAUGGGGAAAGAGCAGGGAAGAGUAUGGGAGGAUCGUAGGUAUCCAGGGACGAACACAUCCAGUUGAGGUGCAGUACUUGGCUGAACCCACCAACAACUACAUCGAUCAAGCCGUUGAGGCCAUUAUGGAUAUUCACGAGAACGAAGCGGACGGCGACAUCCUAGUCUUCAUGACUGGGAGAGAAGAAAUUGACGAUUCAAUCGACAUGAUUAGCGACCGGGUCGCAGACCUGCCUUCUACAAAACAGAAACUCAUGCCCCUCCCUCUUUACGCUGGUCUUCCAACAGAAGAGCAAAUGUUCGUUUUCCAGAAAGCUCCCACCAACACCCGCAAAGUAAUUCUCAGCACCAACAUUGCUGAAGCCAGCGUAACCAUCGAAGGCAUUGUCUAUGUCAUAGACAGCGGCUACGUUAAACUACGCGCCUACGACGCUCGUCUCGGAAUCGAAAACCUCAACGUCGUCCCUGUCUCGCGCGCCUCUGCUACCCAAAGGUCUGGCCGCGCAGGCCGCACACGUCCCGGCAAAUGCUUUCGACUGUACACAGAACAAGCCUUCAAGAACCUUGAGGAGGCCACCUUCCCUGAGAUCCAACGUUCAAAUCUUGCACCUGUCCUUUUACAACUUCUUAAUCUGGGCAUCACAAACCUCAUCCGCUUCGACUACCUCUCACCCCCACCUUCGGCACUCGUAACCCGCGCUCUCGACCUCUUAUACUCCCUCGGCGCCCUCGACAACAACGCACGCCUGACAAAACCCUUGGGGGCACGCAUGGCCGAACUGCCCCUGGAACCGAUGCUGUCGCGCGCACUCCUCAACGCUGCAAGUCCCGACUUCAGCUGCCUCAGCGAGAUGCUCAGCAUCGCCGCGAUGAUGACCUUACAGGGCAACGCCUUCAUCUCGCACAACGACAACAAGGCUCAGCUCGAGAAAGCCCGGCGCCGCUUUGCUGUCUCGGAAGGCGACCAUCUGUCGCUGUACAAUGUGUUCACAGCCUUCGUCCAGAACGGGCAGAACGUGCAAUGGUGUCGUGAGAAUUGUCUGAAUCAUAAGAGUUUGGUCAAGGCGGUUAGCGUGCGUAAGCAGCUAGCAGCGUAUCUGGAUCGGUUCGGUGUGAAGGAGAGCGCGCUGUCUGUGCCAGAUGUACUGCGGGUUGGCGGCAGACCGUUGGCAGAACGAGUGAGGAGGUGUCUUGCGACGGGAUUCUUUGCGCAUGUGGCGAAAAUGAAGAGUGAUGGGAGUUUCUCGACAGUGGAUGGGAAGACGACGCUGUGGGCGCAUCCCAGUUCGGUGUUCUUCCAUCGUAAGGCGGAUUGGGUAAUCUAUACGGAGAUUCUGUCGACGAGGGAUAAAAUUUACAUUCGAGAUUUGUCGACCGUGGAUAUGGACUGGUUGGCGGAAUAUGCGCCGGAGUACUACAAGGUCAAGGAUGGACGAAGAUGA